AUGCCGCCCUGGCUGCUCGGCAGCCUCUGCUGCGUGCUGGCGGCGCGGGCGGUGCUGGGCGGCGGCCCCACGGGCGCGGAGGAGGAGGAGGAGAAGCUGAUUCGGGUGCUGGUGCUGCUGCCGCAGGACGACGCCUACCUCUUCUCGCUGGGGCGGGUGCGGCCGGCCAUCGAGUACGCGGUGCGGAGCCUGCGGGAGAGCGGCGCGGGUCUGCCGCCCGGCUACGCCUUCCAGCUCAUCUACGAGGACUCGGCGUGCGGCAACCGCGCCCUGUUCAGCCUGGUGGACAUGGUGGCCCUGCAGCGCCGCCGCCCCGACCUGCUGCUGGGGCCGGUGUGCGAGUACGCGGCGGCGCCGGUGGCGCGGCUGGCCGCGCACUGGGACGUGCCGAUGCUGUCGGCGGGCGCGCUGGCCGCCGGCUUCGGCGCCAAGGGCGGCGAGUACUCGCACCUCACCCGCGUCGCGCCCGCCUACGCCAAGAUGGGAGAGAUGCUGCUGGCCCUCUUCCGCCACCACCAGUGGAACCGGGCCACGCUGCUCUACAGCGAUAGCAACCCCGAGCGCAGCUGCUUCUUCGCCAUGGAGGGCGUCCAUGUGGUCUUCCAGGAGGAGGCCUUCCACAUGGCCGUGCACAGCUUCGACGAGACCAGCAGGCACCUCGACAUCGACGACGUCGUCCGCGCCCUGCAGACGGGCGAGAGGGUUGUAAUCAUGUGUGCCAGCGGUGACACUAUCAGGAACAUCAUGUUGGCUGCUCAUCGGCAAGGAAUGACCAACGGGGACUAUGCUUUCUUCAAUAUUGAACUCUUCAACAGCUCAUCAUAUGGAAAUGGUUCUUGGAGAAGAGGAGACAAACAUGACCUUGAAGCCAAGAAAGCAUACUCAUACCUCCAAACUGUCACUCUGCUGAGGACUGUGAAGCCUGAGUUUGAGAAGUUUUCCCUGGAGGUGAAAAGUUCUGUUCAGAAGCAAGGUCUUCAUGAAGAUGACUAUGUGAACAUGUUUGUGGAAGGAUUCCAUGAUGCGAUCCUUCUUUAUGCUCUAGCUUUACAGGAAGUCCUGAAGAUUGGUUUCAGUAAGAAAGAUGGGGAAAAAAUUGUUCAACAAACACGGAACAGAACAUACGAAGGCAUUGCAGGGCAGGUGUCCAUUGAUGCCAAUGGAGACAGAUAUGGGGAUUUCUCUGUGAUUGGAAUGACAGACCCGGAGGCAGGCACACAGGAGGUGAUCGGGGACUACUAUGGAAAGCAGGGGCGGUUUGAAAUCCGAUCGAAUGUGAAAUACCCGUGGAACCACGGCAGGCUGCGGCUAGAUGACAGCCGAGUUUCAGAGCACACAAACAAUACACCGUGUAAAUCAUCAGGUGGUCUAGGAGAAUCAGCAGUUACAGGAAUAGUUGUGGGCGCCUUGCUUGGAGCAGGAUUGUUAAUGGCUUUUUACUUCUUCAGAAAGAAAUACAGAAUAACUAUUGAGAGACGAACUCGACCGGAGGACUGUAACAUGGGGAAGCAUCGGCAGUUACGUGAAGACUCCAUUAGAUCUCAUUUUUCUGCUGCAUAAAGAAGAAGAUUAAAAAGAAUCCCAUUCUUCCUAGGGAAAAGAAAAAAUUAGAGAGAAGGACACAACCAAAGACAUCAGUGUAAAAAGAAGAGGCUCUUGAAGAACUCACUCUUUUAAGCAGUAAUUUUGUCUUAAUUUCUUUCAGAAGCUCAGGAAUGAUUUACUAAUCACAUUAUGCCACAUGGCCUUUCAUCUCAUGAGAAAAGAAAAUUAUGCAGUUUGAUGUUAUAGGAUGUACUUAAUAUGUAAAGACAGUAUUUCCUAAGGCAUGUAUUAAGGCUAGCAGAUCUUGGUUUAGUUGAUGAGGAAAGCCUCUUUUUGUUCCUUUUUUCUUUUUUUUUUAGCUUCUACCACCUCCUUCCAUGUUUGCAUCUCACCCAUGGGUAUCAAAUAUGGUUUCAGAGGCACAGGUGCUGGUUGCUGUCAAAAGGAAAAAAGGGAUUCAUUUGGGGUACGAUCCUGCAUCACUGAAUCACUGACACUGAUAACAGGGGAUAUGAAAUUUGGUGUACGGGCCUUAGUUCUGGGAGGGAACUGGCACUUGGUUGUAAUUAGUUCCACUGAGAAAGUCAGGCAGGUGGAAACACACGAACCAUUCUUUCCUUGUUUGUGUGGCAUCACAGUCAAAAGCACUGUUUCCCCCUCUUAGCUGGUUGGACUUAGGAAAACCUCCAGCGAAGGAUGAAGAGUUUCACACGUGUGAAGUAGUGACAGAGAAGACAAUCAGGUCUCUGGAGAGGACUGGUUUAUUCCUCAGUCUUAUAUGUGCUUUGUCACACUCUUUUCUGUCCACUGCCAUGACAUUUCAGAGGGGCAGAUGUAGUCCAUGUCCUGCUCCUGUUCCCGGUGAAGUCAAUGGCAAAAUCCCAUUAACUUCAGUGAGCACAGGACUGCAUCCAUAACUGUAAAUAUGAAAGUGUUUGUAUAGCUGAUGCAAUUCAAAAGGGGAUUUUUUUUCUGUGUAAAAAUGACAUUCCAUGCUACCAUUUUAUUUUUUAGGAUA